UUAAAUAAGUCACAUAAUGCGUCACUACGUAAAAUUCUGUAAGAAAUUGCAAUUAGGUACAUAUUUCCAUAAAAACUGAGUAUUUGACACAACAUGUUGUUGUGGUACUCAUCAUUCUUCAAACAUGUAACUUCAUGGUGUUAUGGAACAGCCGUUGUUCAAUUCGUUGCCUUUUUAUUUAUAUUCCUGGGGGUAUCUUAUUUGUCCACUUUGCUAGAAAUUGACUACAGUGAUGACGAAACAACGGAAAUUAUUUCAAAAUAUGAAAAAUACGUCGUUUUGGCGUCAUCACUUUACAUGAUUGUUCCUUUCACGUUUUCUACUGUGUUCCUUUUUGGACUGUUCAAUAAAAAUCCUGUUAUCUUGAAAAUAUUUAUGAUUGAAAGUUUGAUUACCUGCUUUGUUAUCUUAAUCGUUGUUAUUGGAUCGGGAAUAUUUCUAGCUGUAAAAGGAACACAAUAUGUUGCUUACAGUUUAAUAGUUGUUGGAAUUAUACUUGAAUUAUUUUUGGCUCAUGGUAUUUUCUUAGCUUAUGGGGCAAGAGAUUUUUAUUUACAAAACUGUGAUAACAGGAGUAGUGUAAAUUCAAAGAGCAACCAAGAAGAUCCAAAUGUUUGUGAUAAUUAAUACAUUAUGGUUUAUAUUUAAUUUUUAACAUAAAUAAGAAAUUGAGACUGAAAUUUUUUGUAGUUUAUAAGAAUUAAAAGUGUCUGCUAACUAGGAAAACUUUUUUAUUUUUGAAUUU